AUGACAGACCCUGGGGGGAGGUUCAUCUUCUUGAAGGGCACCAUCGCACACCACACCUACACCUUUGCAAGCAUUUAUAGCCCUAACCGCGGACAGCAUAAAUUCUUUACCAAAACACUGGCCAAACUAGAAAAAUUCAGGGCUGGCCUGCUGAUUUUGGCAGGGGAUCUUAACGUUCCUCUGGACCCCCGGGUGGACACCACCAGAGGGACCAGCACUGUCCCAGAGCACGGCUUACACGCAAUGCGACGAGCACUGACUGGCAUGGGGUUGGUCGACUGUUGGCGGGUAGCCCACCCGGACGAUAGAGAUUUCUCCUAUUACUCGUCAGUAUAUAGGCAAUAUAGUAGGAUAGACUACAUCUUCAUGCCCCAGGAGAGCCUUGCGCUUCUCCGAGACGCUUCCAUAGGGAUUAUCAAUCAGUCCGACCAUGCCCCAAACACGGUGGUAAUGAGCUCACCUUUAUUUAAACCGACCGAACGCCAAUGGAAGCUUAAUGAAACCAUGUUAACAGAGCUCGAGAUACGCACCAAGACACUACAGAUGCUUACGCAAUACUUUGACACUAAUGACACACCCGACAUGCCCCCUCUGAUGCUGUGGGAAGCCCACAAAUGCGUCAUUAGAGGUCACUUUAUAUCUAUCAGCACGCAACGUAAGAAAGACAGGGCUCGCCAAAUAUUGGACCUCACGGCACGGAUUGCAGACCUAGAGAAUACACAUAAGCAUAGCCUAGAUGACGACACAUACCUACGACUUACAGAGACACGAAGGGCACUCAAAGCACACUUAUCCCAGGGAUUACUACACACGAUGCGGAAAUCAGCUAGGCACUUCUAUGAGCACUCGAAUAAGUGCGGCCGACUCCUGGCACAGGUGCUCCGAGAGAAGCGUAGAGCCCAACAUAUUCACCAGAUACGUACCGGACACAGACAGCACACCAGACUACCAGAGGGCAUUAUGUCAGCAUUUAGGGCCUACUAUAGGGACCUAUACAACCAAGCUAGGCCAAUUCAGGGGACAGAAGCCCAAAACCACCGUAGGAAAGUCACAGACUACCUAACGCGACAUGUGACUCGCAAACUCACUCCGGAGCUCGCUGAGGAAAUUGAUGCGCCCCUAACCUUAGAGGAACUAGCCGCAGCCAUGAAACGCUCCAAACCUCACAGGGCCCCGGGGCCGGACGGCCUCCCCCUCACAUAUUUAAGAACUUUCCGAGACGCCCUACUACCCCGACUUCUAGCAGGCCUGAACUCCUUACAGGACGGGGGGCGGUUCCCCACGGACUCCCUGGCAGCGAUAGUAACGGUUAUCCCCAAAGACGGGAAAGAUCCAUCAAACUGCUCGAGUUAUAGACCAAUCUCAUUGCUAAAUGCGGACCUGAAGCUAUUCACCAAAGCUCUCUCCUUGAGGGUGUCACGGAUCUUGCCGGAUCUCAUUCACCCAGAUCAGGUGGGCUUUAUUCCGGGCAGAGAGGCCAGGGAUGACACGAUACGAGCCCUGAACAUCAUACAUUGCGCACGAACCUCUGGAAGGGACACAGUCCUCCUCUCUACGGACGCCGAAAAGGCGUUUGACAGGGUGGACUGGGUCUAUUUGGACGAGACCCUACGACACAUGGGGUUUGGUCCAACUAUACGAGCUUGGGUGUCGGCGUUAUACUCCUCUCCAACGGCACGGAUCCGCAUUAACGGAGCCCUAACGCAGCCCUUCCCGAUUAGCAAUGGGACCCGGCAGGGUUGUCCCCUGUCCCCUCUCCUGUUUGCCCUCUCUCUUGAACCAUUUCUGGAGGCGGUCAGACAGGACGGGGGCAUAACGGGGGUGAAGGUGGGGUCUGAAGAGCACAGAGUGGCGGCCUAUGCGGACGACAUGCUCUUCUUCCUGGAACAACCCAGGAUUUCCAUGCCCAACCUCUUACAGGCGUUCCACACCUAUCACCAGGUAUCCAACCUAAAACUCAACGUGGAAAAGUCCGAAGCCAUGCUGAUAAUGCAGGGAGAGGAGCGGGCCCGUCAGCUGGGCUCCCAGUUCGCCUUCUCCUGGUGCACAACCAAACUAAGGUACCUGGGUACUUGGCUGCCAGCGGACCUGACGCAGAUAUACAAGCUAAAUUUUCUCCCUCUCCUCUCCGCAAUUCAACAAGAUCUUCAGCGGUGGACGCAGCGGUACGUAUCCUGGUUUGGCCGUAUUAGUGCGGUCAAAAUGAACAUUCUCCCCAGGCUGUUAUAUCUCUUUGCGGCACUACCCACCAGGAUCCCCCAGACGUUCUUCAAUUCGGUAACAACAGCGAUCCGUAGGUUUGUGUGGAACAACAGGCAGCCGCGCAUCCGUAGGUCGAUCCUAGAGAGACCGAAAGCGGCCGGGGGGAUGGGGCUACCGUCAGUGAUCUCGUACUAUAGGGCCACACACCUCCAUAGGGUAGUAGACUGGCAUGCGCGGCCAAGUGCCAAAAGAUGGGUAUCCAUGGAACUACACCGACCUGCACACAAAGAACCCGGUGAUAGACGCAACUCUCAAGGUGUGGUGCGGACUAAGAUAUGUCUACCAACUCACCACCUCCCCAAACCCGCUUACGCCUAUUACACACAACCCGAGGGUGGCGGGUGGCCUUCACCCGGCUGCUUUACACAAUUUCCAAAGGACAGAUUGGUUCUAUGUACGCCAGUGGAGUCCGGGGGGAACGCUUCAAUCGUUGGGGGACUUAUUGUCAGACGGGCAACCUACUAUUCUCGACAAAUUCCACUAUCACCAGGUUAGGUCCUACUAUGCCAAAAUCACGGGGAGAACCCAACUCCACCGUACACUUACGGAAUUUGAACGCUUGUGCACAGACAGACGACAUUUAACCCAUGGGGUAUCAUACUUAUAUGCCCUGCUCCAGCAGUCAGGGGAUAGUUGCCCACUAGGUUACACGAGCAGAUGGGAGGAGGAGACGGGUACACAGCUGACGGACCAAGAAUGGGACAAAAUAUUCCUCCUCACACAUAAAUGCUCAAUUAGCUCGAAAUUCCAGGAAACCAGCUACAAACUGUUAACACGAUGGUACAGAACACCAGACUCACUGAGACACAUACAGGGGACGGACACAGGCGAUUGUUGGAGAUGCGGCUUAGAAAGGGGCACCAGUCUACACAUCUGGUGGUCAUGCCCCAGUAUCAAACCAUACUGGCAAAUGAUCAAGGCAAAGAUCAAGGAGAUCACAGGGGACGACAUCCCCCUACAGCCACUGCCAAUGCUUCUACAUCAUACACCCACCCCAACGCAGGCAUAUAAAAAGUCCCUGACAAUACACCUAUUAAACGCAGCAAAGGCCCUUAUUCCCCUGCACUGGAAAGGUCCAUCAGUUCCCACACUUAGACAAUGGAUAGACAAGGUGGAGACCAUCUACGACAUGGAGAUCCUGACGGCCUCUCUGCGAGAGCGCGUGGAUAAGUGCGCCCUAACGUGGUAUCCUUGGAGGCAGUAUACCUCGAGAGAUGUGGCAUGAAUUACGGGGGAGCGGAACCGACUUGGGGGGGGGAGGGGUGUAGGGUUUUUUUUUCCCUCUCUUUCUCUCCCUCUGUCUGUCCUAUCUCUUAACUUAUACCCAGUACGGAGACCCUGAAGCUGACAGGCCCCGACUGGAACAUGCUCCGACGGACGCACUACCCCGAAGUUCACGGACGACACACAGGACACGGACAGGCCAUACUGACACAGCCGAAAAGGGGGUCAACCUCCUAGACAUAACGGCUAGGGAGGAGGCAACGGGUACAAGGCUGACCUCAAAAUACCAGUGA